UCUCAUCCCGUUUCUCGUUGUAUCGGUUUUCAAGAGCCUCUUUGUGACCCCUUUCUUGCAUGUCGGCCAAGGCAUCAUGCUGCCUCCGGAGACAUGACAUCGCGAGAAGAUAGUGUCCUGGCCGCCAGAGACCCGUCUCUUGCUGACGAGAACGACUGGGAAGAGUUCAGUCUAUCCGAGGUCAGAGUCCUGGUCCCGGGCAAAUCCCGCUAUGCGAACCUCCUCACGGCCUCCCCGGACAAUCCUGUUCAGGUAACCGGGUGCUUGGAUGAGGUGGAGGAGGAGCAGGAGUCCCUCGUGCUCGACCAAGACUACCUUACGAAACGAAUUGUUCUAGAAAACGUUACGCAUUACGCUUACGGCCAACAUGAUGAUGGCGAGGUCGGCAUCUGGGUUGCCGGCCGCGCGGGCUGGUUCUCCAUCUCACCUGCGAGGGGUUACCGGCCUAUGUUCAAUGAUGUGGUGGAGGCCAUCGAUUUACUAUAUUUCUUAGCGGACCGACACCAGAAAAGGCGGCGGAGCAAGCGGAGGAAUCGGACUCCGAGCGUUGAAUACUUGUGCGAGGAGUACGUGAACCAUACGCAUGGGAUUUGCGAGGAUAAUGACGAUUCGGCCGAAGUCUUCUACAAACAUCAUCACUUCCUACUUACCCGAAUGCUGAAGGGUGAGGAGGAUGUUCAAUGGGUCGAUACAGACAUUUUUGCGCACCUCCGUGAAAAGUUUCCGGAGGACUACGAAGAGAUUAAGGCCGAAUUAGAGCCACCGAAGGCAGAAUCAGAGCCCGAAGAAGACGAAGCCAACGAUGAACCGGAGGCAACCCAUGAACCAGACCCGACCGCGGUCUCCAAAACGCAAACAGAGGCCAUUUACCAAGUGAUACUUGACCUAAAGGAGGCCGGACACUUGGCGAAACGCCAGUUAAAUCUUGAUCUUGUUGCCUCCACGAUAGUGGGGCGCUUCGAGAUCGAUAGUGCGGAAUAUGCCCAAGACCUCAUAGCAGCAAAAGCCGAUGCAAUCAUAGAACUCAUGGAUGAGGCGAAAACUUCGACUUUUGAUUGGUCACGCAAGGUCAUAUACCGAGAAUUGAAAGCCGCCGCGAAGAAACACGACGUGCAACAAGUAGCAUUCACUCCACUACGGCCUCGUCUAUCCAACGAAGAUGGGUCCUCUGAGGAUGACAGCGAGCGUGACGAAGAACAACCCAGGCCGCGAAGGCGCCGAGUCCGUAAAUCUGUGCUGCGCCCUAAAAGCGCGAUCGCUAGCAAGAAGAUUGGCAAGCGAACGAGGAGUGCCGCCGCAGCGGACGAUGAAGAUCUUUCGGAUAACCCUGAUGCAAUGGAUGAAUUUCAAACUCCCAGCAAAGUGCGUGGUCAUGAUCUUGUCCGCGAUCCUUUAUCUACGCGGGCGAAACGCAGAACCCGUUCGAUGCUCUCCAACCCCGAAACCACACCUUUUCAGAAGGUGCCCGCGCUACAGGAAAUUCUCCAAAGUCGCAAUACAUCGGUCUCUGUCGGUGACCAGGCACCCUCGGAGUCAGACACCCCUAACGGUAAUGAAUCAACAUCCGAUACAUGGGUUUGUCAAGCUCGGGGUUGUGGCCAUGUUAUUCACAAGAGCAAUACAAAACAUGGCAAGGAGCUGAUCCGGGUUCAUUCACUAGAGCAUGCAGAUGAUGCCAAGGUCAAAAUGGACCUGGUCUUUUCAGAACACCAGCUUAAUCUAGGGUUUCGUGUCGAUAAUCUCCUUGAGCAUAUUCGGGGAAUGGGUGGUUUAGAUAUUACAGCAGCCAUGGACGGGGCAACAAACGGGACUACCGGGAUUGGAGCAUAG